UUUAAGAUACUUAAGAUACUCGUUUGUGUGAUCUCUUUUUUAUAUCAUGUGUGUUUUUUUUAUACAUUGGCGCAUUUGUUGGCCAUUUUGAUGAAUCUUUUGUUUUUUUAAUAAUUCUUCUAAAUGGCAUGGCCUACUUUUGCUACGCUGCGAAAAAAACAACAGAAAAAACGUCGCUCGAUGCAAAGACCUUUACUUUGAAAUGUCUGCAGCGUUCCUCUGGUUGGCGUAGGACUGGCUGAGCCUUUAACUGGGGCUGCUUGCUGGUCCUCCCCUGCAUUAAUACGGGAGCUGCUGCAGCUGUACACACAUACAAAGACACGCACACACAAACUAAGGCGCUCCUGCAGCUCACAUCGGUGCUGGAUCUCCUGGAUCUGCUGGAUUGUGUCCUCAUUUUUACGCACAAGGGAUCGCUAUUAGAGGACAACACGCUGGAUUUUGCGCAUUUGUGACAACGUUCUGGGAUGAUGCAGUGAGGAAAAAGGCGCACAGCAUCGUGGGCUGUGAUCAUCCCUCAAAGCUGCAGUGAAGGAGAGAUUGUGGUGCAGCAACACGAAUCAGUAUCAUCAGGGAAACCCAUUUUGAAAGGGUGAAGAAUCUCGACCCUCUACGUGGGGGGAUCGGUGGAGAGAGAGAGAAAAAAAAUAGAGCUGCAAACUAAAUUAUGGCCACUUUACUGCGGAAGAUCGGUCUAAUCCGUCUGCACGACCGAGACACCGAGGACCCCAAACACCAUCAAGGCUCUUUAAAAGGAACCAAAGGGAACCAGAAAAACAACAAACACUGUCAGACGGCCAACGAAACCAACAUCCUCAGUACCCCGGAGAUUAAAGCGAGGAAGCUGGACCAGAACGCCAAGGACAAAACUCCCGGGAAGGAGAAGCCGAGCAAGGAUGCGAGCAAGGAGAAGCAGCAACAGCAACAGCAGCAGACCGGCGGAGGCGGAAAUAAAAGCACCGGAGCCUCCUCCAUACCUCCACUGGCGCCCCACCGGCAACACUGCACCCAAGUGCGGACGCGGAGGCUGAUGAAGGAGCUGCAGGAGAUCCGGAGGUUAGGGGACAACUUCAUCACGGUGGAGCUGGUGGAGGACAACCUGUACGACUGGAACGUCAAGCUGCACCAAGUGGACAAGGACUCUGCGCUGUGGCAGGACAUGAAGGAGACGAGCACCGAGUUCAUACUCCUCAACGUUACCUUCCCCGAUAAUUUCCCCUUCUCGCCGCCUUUCAUGCGGGUGCUGACGCCCCGCUUGGAGAACGGCUACGUGCUGGACGGCGGCGCCAUUUGCAUGGAGCUGCUGACCCCCCGCGGAUGGUCCAGUGCCUACACGGUGGAGGCGGUCAUGAGGCAGUUUGCGGCCAGCCUCGUAAAAGGACAGGGGCGUAUAUGUCGGAAAGCCGGCAAGUCCAAGAAGGCCUUCAGCCGCAAAGAAGCCGAGGCCACCUUCAAGUCUUUGGUGAAGACCCACGAGAAGUACGGCUGGGUGUCUCCGCCCGUGUCGGACGGCUGAGCUCUGACUGCACGACCCGUCCCCCCUAGUGCUGGCCAUCCGGGACUAGCCUCGACACGCUAAAAUGACACACCACGCUAACUCAACAAUCUUGUCACGCUCACCUUUUUUUGCUGUAGCUUUCUUUUCUACGUGUGUGUGUGUUAUUUAAUUUUAUUUUUUUAAUACGCAGACAAGUCAUCAUCAUCAUGGCUCCUCCAGGAAGUGACUUUUGUUGCCCCGUUUUGGGACAUGCCCAAAAGUGAGGAGUGUGUGCAUUCGAGAAUGCAUUUGUUGCCCCCCCCCCCAAAAAAAAAAAAGCAGUCGGGCGCAGUGUGCAGCCACGUGAAAGACUAACUCCUGUUUCCUCACCAUCUCCAUGCUUUCCCGCCUUCAUCGUCUGCGUGGCUGUGGGUUCAUUUACAUAUAAAUGAAGCUGUUAAUGUUUAAUAGAUGGGGCAGCGCACCGACUCCUUCACUCUCUGUCAUUUCAGCCAUUUUUUUUUCCUUGCGCUCACACUUGGAUGCAACAUGACGAUUGUAUUGUACAUGGAGUUCGCUCGUUCACACUCUCUCUCUUUCGUCUCCCGUGGCUAUAUUUAGAGCUCUCGCGUAGAUGGGUAUGAUUUCUAAUGACGAAAAAAAAGCAGUCACGUGUUGCAUUAUGCAGAGACUUUGUAUCAUAUGUAGAAUCGUCUGUGUGUGUGUGAGGAAGACUAGAUGUAGAUGAAGGCCAAGUGUUUGUGUGUGUGUGUUUGUAUGCGUGAAAGGGGGCACAACCCUUUAAAACAGAGAAAAAUAUGAUUAACUGUGAAUGACACAAAGGCCUAAAGGAGUUACUGUAAACACCAGUGUGUGUUCUUAAAAGGAAAAUGUGUGUAAAAGAACCAAAGUCCAGCAGAAAAAAAUCCGCUGUGCUACUACGCACACCUUCUGUACCUGCAUGGCUUGACAGGAGCACGCCAUUUCCAAAUGAAUGUACGCUCCAGAGCACCACAUGAUUGCCCAGGAAGAGACAGGAAUGGGUUCUUGGAAAUGUCAGCCAUUGGCCGUGAAAUGGUAGGAACCCGCUUUGGCUUCUUAAUGGAUGCACAGGAUGAAAUGCGGUUAUAAAGGCAGAAAAAUGGUGGACUUUGGCAGCUGUGACACCUUCCACUCUUCUGGGAAGACGUUCCAGAGAUUUUCCAAACGAAAAUGCGCUGCUUUGGACAAAAGUAUUGGGACACCAUGUCGUUACACAAUGUUCAUUUUGCACUUAAAGGCAUUUUGAGCCUUUUUUCUAGGUGGCAGUUCAGUGCAAAAGUAAACAUGGCAGAAUAUUCCUCCUUCUGGAGUAGCAGCAGAGGCGAGUGGUGCCUGUGUCAAAGGGAAUGCCGGUAAACUGGGGGGUAGGUUGUGAGAUUAACGCUUCUCCCACCCCUGUAGUGUUGGAAGCCAUUGUCACUAAGACAAGAUUAGUUUUUUUAGAAGGUUGUUUUCAAUGACUAUAAGUAUGAUGACUGUGUGACAGGAAGAAAAGCUCUGACUCCCGCCCCCUUUUGCUGCCAUUAAUGGGAAGACUUUGUAGAAGACGUGCAACGUAACCUAACUACUGCACCAUGUCUGCAUACAAAUACCCCCGCAAAAUACACUCAUAGUCCUGCCGCAAUGAAUGCUGGGUAGCCUAUGGUACAUUUUGCCGCAUUUUUGCUCAUGUUGAGGUCAACAUUGGUUAACAUACUUUUGAUAGCAAAUGUCUUAUGACUGGGCGGCAUGGCGGUCAAGUGGUUAGCGCGCAGACCUCACCGCUAGGAGACCCAAGUUCAAUCCCUCGGCCAUCUCUGUGUGGAGUUUGCAUGUUUUCCCCGUGCAUGCGUGGGUUUUCUCCGGGUACUCCGGUUUCCUUCCAAAAACAUGCUAGGUUAAUUGGCCACUCCAAUUGUCCAUAGGUAUGAAUGUGAGUGUGAAUGGUUGUUUGUCUAUAUUUGCCCUGUGAUUGGCUGGUGACCAGUCCAGGGUGUACCCCGCCUCUCGCCCGAAGACAGCUGGGAUAGGCUCCAGCACCCCCCACAACCCUUGUGAGGAUAAGCGGUAGAAAAUGAAUGAAUGAAUGAAUGUCUUAUGACUUGUGUUGCUGAUGGACUACCCAGCAUGCCUUGCGGCACUUGCUAAUAACUUAUAUAACACUUAGCUGUUAUCACCCAAGUAGAAGCAGCAGUUGAUUUACAUGAUUAGUAAACUUUGUGUUUUCAUUUUGUUGCACCGUGAGUACGUUUUAAUUUAAUUUAAGUGGACCCCAUUGUGUGGCAUCCAUUUCUCAUCCCAUUCCCACACCAAAUUCAUCCAAGAAUAGAAUUAUCCCAAACUACCUCGGAAAGGUGAUGUAAAAACUAAGCCUAAUGGAGAGGAAUUGUCCCAAUACUUUUAUCCCUCGGUGUUACGUCAGGCAUGUCCGCCCUGUCUGCGUGCGUGUAACUUCUGCUACCUGCCAGUUAAAUGUCACGAGCAAAGCUGCUAAUUGCUCUGACAUUUCCGCCAAGCGUCAUUAUAGCGGUGAGAGCAGAAGGAUGGAGGAUGUCAAAGCGCUGACAUUUGGUCCACGUUGCCUGCUGUGUUGUUUUAUGAGUGAAAGGCAGAAGACGAGGUGUGUGUUGUGUGUGUGUGUGUGUGUGUUUGGAGCACCGUGACCACAAAAGACGAGAUGUAACAACAGUGUCAUUUCAGGGUUGAUUGUAUAGUCCUCUCUCUUGAGUGCAGAAAUACUGUAAAUUCAUAUUAUACCACAAGAUCUCUCCAAGCUGAGUGUUUGCUGGGUUCAAGCCAAUCAUUUUGUGAUGUAUAGUUUUAGACUGGUAGUUUGCAGACACUAACUGAGCUGGUUAUGUUGUAUUAUAUUUGCAUGUCAACUGUGAUUGGUAGCUAGCUACUGUAUAUCUUUCUUUUUUUCAAGAAAAGUGAGAAAAACACGGAGGAAAAACAAAAAUGCAAACGCUUCUCUUGUUUUUGUUUGCUUUUUGGGGGGGUUAAGGGAGCGUCUGUGCUUUUCUUUUUACACGUUCUCAAAAGUCAUAUUGUCUAUGAAUGUGUGUGUUUUAAUUUAUUUGUGUUUUGCCAAAAUGACGAUUUGAAGCAUGAUGCAGGUAUUGUCACAAGAACGUUACGAAGAAUGAUCCUUAUUUGGAGGACUGAAGAAGUUGCAAAGCCUCAACACUUUAAAGGGAGUUUUCCCUUGAACACCUUUCAUGAAGUCACACCAUCCCCCAUUGGUCCUGCAGUGAUUAGGAUUUGUGCAAUUAACACCACAAUAUGGAUAGUUCCCCCCUAUAGGAUCAGUAUGACCUCCCUGCAGUGUUUCAUAGUGGGCAUGUGCACAUCUGACCUGAGAUCAGCUACUGCGGGUUAUUCCACUCUCCCCUCCUCCUGACUUGAGUGUUUGGUCAAAAAAAAAAAAUUGAAAAUAAAAAUAAGCAAAGAGGAGUCCAUUGCAAGACCAAACAAGAAUGUGCAAUAAAAGUUCCAGCAUAUUCAAAGUGA